AUGUCGUCGAAUGAAGAUCGCCCUCCGACCUACUCGUCCUCCGAACAGCCCGACUCCGACUCUGACUCGGAGUCAAUUACGUCGGCGUCUGCGAUGACAAAACUUCAAGAGAUUAUUGAGCAAUGUCGCCGAGAUGGUUACCGCGUGCAAAAUAGGUCAAGCAGUGACGGAGACGUUGUUGAGUGGUGUCCAAUUUGUAACACUAAGCAGUCGAAUCUGUUUGAGCAUCUGGAGAACCCUCCUUCACAGGGCAAGUCGGCUCUAGAGCACGCCAAUGUAGAUGCUGAAAGGGCCAAAACCUUCAUAAAGGCGCAGAAUUCUCGGGGUAUGCGCGGUCCCGUGUACCUGGAGCCGGUGGUUCAGGACAUACUUGACGCUGGCCAAGACAGAUCAAAGAUAACGAACAUCAUUUCUAACCUUCUCUCCAAUUUUGGAGUGGGGAACGUUCACCACCCGGCUGAAGCUGCAGGCGUGUAUGACAUGCAUGUAUGCUUCAAAAAGGACUGGGUGAAACCAGCAGAUCAUCUUAACGAUCUGCUUUACGAAACAGCCGGUGAAGACGAUAAUGAUGACCAUUGUUAGUUUUUAAGUAACAUUGUCGCAACAUACCAAUAUCUUUGUAGGCUACUUUAUCCUGUAUGUUUGUAUGUAAAAUAAAUUGAAAUUGAAAUA